UGAGUGAGACACGUAUAUAUACACAGAGCGCGCCACCCUUUUGACCCAUUCAACCAUGACUGUCGCACACACAGAGAUCUACUCCAGAGCCACUGACAUCGUCCUCGAGUCGUGCGACGGAGUCAAGUUCUAUGCUCACAAGUCCAUCCUCGCUGAAGCCUCUCCUUUCUUUGAGCAUAUGUUCACAUUACCACAGCCGCCUGGAGAGAAAGACCGUCCUGUUAUACCACUGUCAGAACACAGCGCUACUCUUGGCGCACUUCUGCAGUUCAUACACCCAGAACCAGACCCCGAAAUAGAAACUCUCGACCAACUCAGCUCUCUCCUCGCUUCAGCAAUCAAGUAUGACUUCGUUGGAGCCAUAGCUACUCUGCGGAAAGAGUUGGUGUCGCCGAAGUUUUUGGCAGAGAGCCCUCUGAGGGUAUAUGCUAGCGCAAGUCGCUUUGAACUGGAUGAUGAGGCCAAAAUUGCAUCAAAGCACACGCUUUCUUGUCAGAUUCUCGAUUGUCCUUUGUCUGAAGAUCUCAAAUUCAUCUCUGCAUACGCAUACCAUCGUCUCCUCGUUCUCCACCGAACACGUGCGGAGGCUGCACAGCGACUUCUAGAGAUUAGCGAUAAUGUCAAGUGCAUACAAUGCUCUAGCCUGUACUACGGGAACUUCGUUCCUCCAAAGUGGUGGAAAGUGUUCCAGCGGUGUGCAAAGGAGGAGCUGGCAAUUCGGCCCACGACAGAGGUCAUAUUCAGCCUGCCGUUCUUGGCCCAAGUUGCACGCGAAAGUGGAUGCGUGAGAUGUUCUGGAAGCAUUCUCGACAACCAUGACUUCUUCGCGAACUUGAAGAGGCGGAUCGAUGAACUACCUUCGACGGUUUAAAGUAGCUUGGCUCGGAAGGGGGACAUUACUCUUGAUAUCCUUUUGUUAGCCCCCUUACAAUUGUUUUCUUUACGAUCAACGCGGAUGUUUCACUACCUGGUACUCUUGCCGAUAUACUACGAUAUCCUCUUGCAGGCGCAUGUUUUA